CACUAACUAGCAAAACGCUAAUGUCAGUGCCUUUCUGACGCAAAGUACAGCUGAUUAGAUAUACAGUUCUGCAAGUAGUUCAGUAGGUUUGGCGCGAAUUAUUCAAGAUGGCGAGUAAUACAAAGUUAAAGAGUAAAGUGACAUCUGCAUUUAAAAUGCAUGGAUUGAUACUUAGAGCAGAAGCCAGCAAAUUCCUUGUGGAGGUACUGGAAUCGCUGAAUGAACUAGAAUUAGAAGAUCAAAUAGAGCGCAUUAUUGAUGCUGUUGAAAAGCAGCCUUUAUCCUCUAAUAUGAUUGAGAAGAUCACUGUUGAAGUUGCAGUUCAGGAAUGUAGUCAGUCAUGUGAUGAAACCAUAGAGCACGUUUUCAGUAUAAUUGGUGCAUUUGAUGUUCCACGUUAUGUGUACAGUUCAGAGAGGAAGAAAUUUUUGCCGUUAGCAAUGACAAACCACCCUGCUCCAAAUGUCUGUGGUAGUGCUAGGGAUAAAGCGGAAUUAUUUCGAGAGCGUUAUACUAUAUUGCAGCAGAGAGUUCACAGACAUGAACUUUUUACUCCUCCAGUUAUUGGAGCACAUCCAGAUGAGAGCAGAAACAAGUUUCAGCUGAAAACUAUAGAAACACUAUUAGGAAGCACGGUUAAGGUUGGGGAGGUGAUUGUGCUUGGAAUGAUAACACAGAUGAAAGAGUUUCACAGUGGACUUUACACAGAGUCGUGCUUUGUACUGGCAGAAGGCUAUUAUGAAGACAACAUAUUUCAUGUAAAUGCCUUUGGAUUUCCUCCCACUGAGCCAUCUUCCACUACCAGGGCUUACUAUGGGGAUAUCAAUUUUUUUGGUGGCCCUUCUCCAAUUUCAGUGAAAGCUUCACUAAAACUGAAGCAGCUAGAAGAAGAAAAUGAAGAUGCUAUGUUUGUUUUUGUAUCCGAUGUCUGGUUAGACCACAUGGAAGUAUUGGAGAAACUUCACACAAUGUUUUCAGGUUAUUCAUCACUACCUCCAACAUGCUUCAUUUUCUGUGGAAACUUUUCAUUUGCACCUUAUGGGAAAAGCCAAGUGAAAUCACUGAAAGAGUCCCUCAAGGUAUUAGCAGAUCUCAUCUGUGAAUUUCCUAGUAUCCAUAAAAGUAGUCGAUUUGUCUUUGUCCCUGGUCCAGAAGAUCCAGGUUAUGGUACUAUAAUGCCAAGACCACCAAUUGCUGACCAUAUUACUGAGGAGUUCAGGGAGCGUGUACCAUUUUCUGUGUUCACCACAAACCCUUGCAGGAUUCAAUAUUGUACACAAGAAAUAAUAAUUAUCCGUGAAGACUUGGUAAAUAAAAUGUGCCGAAACUGUGUCAGGUUUCCUAGUAGCAACCUGGAUAUUCCUAACCAUUUUGUAAAAACUAUCUUGUCACAGGGCCAUUUGACUCCUCUUCCGCUCUAUGUCAGCCCUGUGUACUGGGCCUACGAUUAUACUCUUCGUGUCUAUCCAGUGCCAGAUGUUUUAGUCUUUGCAGACAAAUAUGACCCGUUUAAUAUUACCCAUACAGAAGGAAUUUGUAUAAACCCGGGAUCUUUUCCCAGAAGUGGAUUUUCCUUUAAGGUGUAUUAUCCUUCUAACAAGACCGUAGAAGACAGCAAACUUCAGGGUCUGUGAGUCAGAGAAAUAAGAAGAAGAUUUUAUCUUUGUUGUGUCUGUAAAAUUCCAUAUUGAGAUCCAGUUCUCUUGUCUUCACUGUAUUUAUUUUUGCCGUUUUCUUAUUUUUAUGUUUUAUGUAACAAGAUGUAUAAAAUGCAGAGUAACUGUUAAUUGCAAACAUGUUUUUUGUAAAUAAAUUUUAAUUAAAUAAA